ACCUGUUAAAUGCAAAGAAUAGGAAAUACAAAACCUUAUAAUCUCUUUAACAAGGUGACUGAAAGCAGAAAGUUGAGAAGCCAAGGCAGCUCACCCAGCUCUGUGUGAUAUCCUGGGGAGAUCUGCUGUUAUAUUAUUAGUGAAUGGAGGCAGGACACUCAGGGCAGUGGGGGCCGGCUGUGGAGUGACUCACCUGUGCACAGGUCUGGUGUCACCUGCAUCACAUCCGCUUACACACCUGUCUCACCUGUCCGACAGGUCUGCUGAGAGAGGGGAACAGAAAGAUGGAGCUGCACUGGGAGAGAGGGCUCCUGAGCCGGCUGCUGCUGCUGAUAGUGGGCGCCCCAAGCGUGCUUCCCAUAGAUGUCCGGGCAGGCUCCGCAGUAUAUGGGGUGGUAGGAGAGUCCGUUAGGUUAUGGUGUACCUUCUCCUCCAAUUACCCCCUAUCUGACUCUGUAUCUAUAACCUGGACCUACCGUCCUGAAAAAGGAGGUUCAACCAUCACUCUCAUGCACUACCAGGCAGAGGCCUACCCCUUUCCAAAUGAUCCCUUCAAGGACCGCGUAAAGUGGGAUGGGGAUGCCAGAGGCGGAGAUGCCUCCAUUUUGCUGGAGAACCUAAGGCUGACAGACAAUGGCACCCUGUCCUGUCAAGUGAAGAACCUGCCCGUCGAUGUCCAUGGCAAUGUGCCUCAGACGAAGCUGACAGUCACUCUGGAAAGCCUCUCCUUUAGAUUCAACACGGUCCUCUUGCUGUCGGCUCUGGUGUUCAUUCCUUCUGCUGUGGUCUCCUUGAUACUACUGAUAAGGAUGAGGAGGGCGAUCAAGAGGGACAGACUCAGGCACCAGAAGAUGCAAAAGUCGCCUAUUGAAGACUCCCAGGAUUGUAUUUAUGAUGAGAACAUUACCACUCCUCUGCACCGCGAUUCAUCUGUGAAGCAACACGACGGAUGUUUAAUGCGUCUUUGCCGGAAAUGUGAUGAUGAUUCAGAUGAUUACUGAGAAGACGCAGUGGGAAUCUUGGACAUAUAUGGAGUAACGAUGAAGGAAAAAUAUAAAAUAGAGAGGAGGAGUGCGUCUUACAUGGUCUUUCUUUAAUCCCAAAUUUUGGGAUAUGAAUUUCCCAAGCAAGUUUUUUAUUUAUUUUUUUAAAAGCAUUUUAAGACAACGAUAGGAAAAAAUGUUACGAUGGGGACUUCCAACGUUAACGCAUACGGUGAUUUUUUUUUUAAUGUCUGAUAACACCUUGAUAUAGACAUACCUUCUUUGUCAGCUCGGUCUAUUUUGCUAUUGGACUUCACAAAUUUAGUUUAACAAGUGCCUCCUGGAACCCCUCUCUGAAAGCCAUGCGAACACUAUGUAAUACCAGAUGUAGUAUUGGGUCUUCCAUGUUUUAUGUUUUUAUUUUUUUGCCUGCUGCUUUAGAGUUGUCUAUUAUGGGAAGGUAUUACAUCACUCUUAAGGGUUCAGACUCCUAAGUCCUAAAUUUAAAAGGUCAAUGCUUUUAACAGGAAACAUGGGCCCACACGGGCCAACAUGUAAUAGUGUGAGAGGUGCGGGAAGUAUUUUUAAAGCGGUAAUCAUUUACAAGGCAAAACCGACCUGGUUUUGCCUUGUAAACGACUGCCGCUUUAAAAAUACGGGCAUACUCGCAGAACUUCCCGCACAGCCUGCACAUUGCAGGCUCUUACAUAUUGCCCAUGGGGUGUUCCACUAUUAAAUGCAUUGGCCUUUUAAACUUCAGGCUUAAACACACCACAAUAAUUCCCUGGAGCGAUCCCUUUAAAUGUGUAAAGUGUAAAUAUUGAUUUCUGUUUACUAAUGCCAUUAUUUGGAAAUAUAUUUAGAAAAUCUGCCAUCAACACCUCCUUGAAAGACUGCUUGGUAUGGCUCAUGGGUAGACAGAGCUAUAAGUAGGUGUGUGCGACCGGUUCCGCCACACAGAGCGCAGGGCUUUAUGGGAGUCAACGUUGCCACCUCAUGUCUGCUGCAGCACCACCAAGAGCGUUCCUCUAGUCGCUUCAGACAGGCACCCUGCAGCCAGUACAGCCAAUCAGUGUGUCUCCAGGACGCUCCGGUCAGCCCUGCACUUACAAGUGCUGUUGGCACCGCCCCUUUUGUGCAUCAUGAAGUCAGGUGCUCAGAGGGCGGGCCAUCACGGGGCACAUUUGAGCCCUGUUACAGCGCUGUAUGUAGGUGCUAUAUAUACAUAUACUGUAGAUAUCCAUUCAUAUUUUUUUACUAUAUAAAUAUGGGAUUAAACGUACCUGUUUUGCUGCCUGGGAGUAUGUCCUAGCAGGCACAACCUCUCCAGUGUGAAGUUAUCUUUAUUUGAAAUGAAAUAAAUUUUGUUUCAGACAAUAGUUAAAUGAAGAAUUAGAUUUGUUUUGUUUGUUUUUUUGUUUAAAUAUUUUACCUGGAUACAUACUGUAUUGUUAGUGUAUAUAUGUUCUUUUCUUUAUGGUGUUCAUUUUGCUACAUUGAUGAAU